AUGGUGCCAAUGGAAAGAAAUGUGAGUGUAGAGAUUAUUUUUGCCCUCUUGGGCUUCACAGACUACCCUGAGCUUCAGAUUCCCCUUUUUCUUAUCUUUCUCUUCUUGUAUGUUGUCACUGUGGUGGGAAACCUUGGGAUGAUAGUGCUCAUCAAUAUGGAACCCAAGUUCCAUACUUCCAUGUAUUUCUCCCUUAGCCACCUUUCCUUUGUUGACUUCUGCUACUCAACCAUCAUCACACCCACGCUGCUUGAGAACUUGGUCCUGGCUGAUAAAACUAUCCUCUAUUUCAGCUGCAUGUUACAGUACUUCCUGUCCUGUGUGGCAGAGUCCUACUUGCUAGCAGUUACGGCCUAUGGUCGCUUCGUGGCCAUCUGUAAUCCGUUGCUGUAUACUGUGGCCAUGUCACCGAAGCUAUGCAUCCUUCUAGUGACUGGGUCAUAUGUCUGGGGCUCAUUUGCCACCUUGAUCCUCCUCUGCCAAGCUCUUCAGUUAAAGUUUUCAAGAUUUAAUGUGAUCAACCACUUUUUCUGUGAAUACACUGCCCUCAUUGCUGUCUCUAGUUCUGAUAUACACAUCCCCAGCCUACUGCUCUUUUGUUUUGCAACCUUCAAUGAAGUGAGCACACUACUGAUCAUUCUCACUGCUUAUGUGUUCAUUUUUUUGACUGUAUUAAAAAUCAAGUCUGCUAGUGGACGUCGCAAAGCCUUCUCUACCUGCUCCCACCUGACUGCCAUCACCAUAUUUCAUGGAACCAUACUUUCCCUGUACUGUAUACCUAACUCCAAAAGCUCUCGGCAGGUGGUCAAAGUGGCCUCUGUCUUUUACACAGUUUCCAACCCCAUGCUGAACACUCUGAUCUACAGCCUGAGAAACAAGGACGUGGAGGAGGCUUUUCAGAAAGUACUGGGCACAAAGGUCCCACUUCAGUGA